AUGACGCCUGGUGAUUACGGAUGCCUAACCUGUGACCGCAGCUGUGUAUCAAGGAUUUGGUCUAGUCAGUCACACAAGAAGUUACAAAGGAACUUCAUCAAGGUUGCUGGGAAGGAUGCUGGGAAGGUUGCUGGGAAGGUUGCUGGGAAGGUGGCUGGGAAGGUUGCUGGGAAGGAUGCUUGGAAGGUUGCUGGGAAGGUUGCUGGGAAGGUUGCUGGGAAGGUGGCUGGGAAGGUGGCUUGGAAGGAUGCUGGGAAGGUUGCUGGGAAGGAUGCUGGGAAGGUUGCUGGGAAGGUGGCUGGGAAGGAUGCUGGGAAGGAUGCUGGGAAGGAUGCUGGGAAGGUGGCUUGGAAGGAUGCUGGGAAGGUGGCUGGGAAGGAUGCUGGGAAGGAUGCUGGGAAGGUGGCUGGGAAGGAUGCUGGGAAGGUUGCUGAGAAGGUGACUGGGAAGGAUGCUGGGAAGGUUGCUGGGAAGGAUGCUGGGAAGGAUGCUGGGAAGGAUUCUGGGAAGAAAGUUGUGAAAGUUGCUGGGAAGAAUGCUGGGCAGGUUGCUGGGAAGGAUGCUGUUAAGGUUUCUGGGAAGGUUGCUGGGAAGGUUGCUGUGAAGGAUGCUAGGAAGAUUGCUGGGAAGGUUGCUGUUAUUGUUGCUGUGAAGGUUGCUGUGAAGGUUGCUGGGAAGGAUGCUGGGAAGGUUGCUGGAAAGGAUGCACAAUAUAACAGCGCAAGAUGA